AUGACAGGGAACCACUGGGGAUAUGGAAAGGAGGACGGUCCCUCUGUAUGGCACAACAACUACCCUGUGGCCCAGGGCAACCGGCAGUCUCCCAUCGACAUCAUCCCCCAGCAGGCUUCACAUGACCCCAGUCUGGGCCCGAUCGUCCUCAACUAUGAUCAGUGCACCUCCACCAGCAUCUCCAAUAAUGGACACUCUGUGGUUGUGGAGUUCGACGACUCGGACGACCGUUCAGUGAUCCAAGGGGGCCCUCUCGACAACCCCUACAGACUGAGGCAGUUUCAUUUCCACUGGGGCGGAAAGGGCUGCCACGGCUCUGAGCACACUGUUGCAGGAAAUAGCUACGCUUCUGAGCUUCAUUUAGUUCACUGGAACGCUGUGAAGUACAGGACAUUUGGGGAAGCGGCCGCAGCUCCAGACGGCCUCGCUGUCCUCGGCAUCUUCCUAGAAACAGGUGACGACCACAGAUGGCUCCACACGAUAACAGACGCUCUGUACAUGGUGAAGUUUAAGGGCAGCAUCACCGAUUUCAAAGGUUUCAACCCCAAGUGCCUCUUACCCAGCAGCCUCCAGUACUGGACCUACCUGGGCUCACUGACCACGCCCCCUCUACACGAGAGCGUCACCUGGAUCGUCCUGAAGGAGCCAAUCAUCGUGUCUGAUAAACAGAUGGGCAAGUUUCGAUUGCUCCUGUUCUCUGGAGAAGAAGAGGAUCAGAGGAAACGCAUGGAAAACAACUUCAGGCCCCCCCAGCCUCUCCAAGGAAGGAAAGUGCGUUCCUCCAAUUAA